UACAUGAGCCCUUUUAUUUUAACAUUAGCGUCCUGUCAUGUACUCGUUUUGCUGUCUGAAAGAGAAUUUAUAUAUUUAUUAGUACUUGACCAUAAAUUCAAAUAUAUGUAUAUAAAUAUCCAUUAUGUAGAUAGUAAACACAAAGUUGCCUCUUCUAAUCCUCUUUGACCACUAUUUCUUUCUGUCUUCCUUAAAAACUCAUCCCCAGAGAUAUGGCAGAACUAAGUUUUUAUGUCGGAGUCAUAGGAAAUGUAAUAUCGGUGCUUGUAUUCCUCUCUCCUGUGGAGGCGUUUUGGAAGAUAGUGAAACGGAGAUCGACGGAGGAGUAUGAGUGUUUGCCGUACAUUUGCACGUUGUUGGGUUCGUCGUUAUGGACAUAUUAUGGAAUAGUGACACCUGGAGAAUACUUGGUUUCGACGGUCAAUGGAUUUGGAGUUCUUGCUGAAUCCAUCUAUGUUCUCAUUUUCCUCUUCUUUGUCCCAAAACCUAGAUUCUUAAAAACAAUUACUUUGGUUCUAGCUCUGAACAUUCUUUUCCCAGUUAUAGCAAUUGUGGGAACAAGAACUGCGUUUGGAGAUGCAAAAACGCGUUCUAACUCAAUGGGUUUCAUUUGUGCUACUCUCAACAUUAUCAUGUAUGGUUCUCCUCUUUCCGCUAUUAAAACAGUUGUGACAACGAAGAGCGUGAAGUACAUGCCGUUUUGGCUAUCGUUUUUCCUCUUCCUAAACGGCGCGAUUUGGGGUGUCUACGCUUUACUCGUACACGAUGUUUUUCUACUAGUGCCAAAUGGAAUGGGCUUCUUCCUUGGGACAAUGCAACUCCUAAUUUAUGCGUUUUACAGAAAUGCCAAACCAAACGUAAAAGAUGAAGAGGAAGCCCUCGCUCCAAGCCAACCUCUCCUUUCUUAAACAUAAUUUGUAUGAAUGAAUAAAAAUCUAUGUAUUUUUUUUCUUUUGGCGAGUGUUCAUUGAUAGUAUCUAAUUUGAUUUUACAUAUCCGAGCGUGAGUACAUGUGUGACAUUGAAGGAUUUGAUUAUAAAUAUGUUUUUUGGAAGAUUAUAACGAAUCUAGAGAAACUGUUAUGAUUUGUUGUUAAAAUUGUCCAAAAUAUCACUAAUCAAUCAAACAUUUGAAAGAUUGUGUUAAAAUAACAAAUCUCAUUUGAUUUAAUGAUGAAUUUACAUAAGUUUUCUAAGAUCAGUGUUAUUACUUGAUUUUUACAAAUGUCCCUUAAAUCUAGUGAUAUUGAACUAGUGAUUUUUAAACAUAAAUUCAAGUUCAUCGUUAUUAGAAAUGUUUGAGACAUUGGGUUUUUAAUGAUUUCAAAGUGCUUUUCUAGAUUUUUUAGGGUUUUUUUAAAGACCAAGAAAGAAAAUAUCUAAUACACGUACAUGUAUUUUGUAUACAGAGAUACAUUAUUAAAGACGGAAAGUAAUUUCUUACAUUUUAUAACAGCAUUAUACAUAUCAAACAUAGGAGACAUAAAUGACAACAGGUACACGACUUUGAAGCUUAAGACACAAACCCUAGACCUUAUUCAUGCAUAUGGUUAACCCAUACACAAGCAAACAUAAACUGGUCACGACACAAAAUGGAACAACACGUACAUUCACCGAACUUAUAAGUAUAAUCUGGACUCA